AUGUGGGAACUGACAGCCCUCCUGCUCCUGGUUCCAAGCAGUGGGCAAGCUGCUACUCUGGAGAAGCCCAUAUUGUCUCUACACCCACCCUGGACCACAAUCUUCAAGGGGGAAAGGGUAACCUUGCGGUGUGAUGGGUACCACCCUCUGCUCCUGGAGCUCCGACCCAUCAGCACUCUCUGGUAUUUGGGCCACCUACUCCUGCCCUCUCACAAGAAGAGCAUCGAGGUGCAGACACCAGGGGUGUAUCGAUGCCAGACACGGGGAGCACCUGUCAGUGACCCCAUCCACCUCUCUGUGUCCAAUGACUGGCUGAUCCUGCAAGUACCCUAUGCUGCGGUGUUCGAGGGCGAGCCGCUGGUCAUGCGCUGCCGCGGUUGGUACGACAAGGUCGUCUACAAACUUCACUACUACCACGAUGGCCAACCCGUGCGCUACUUCCACUCCAGCGCCAACUACACGGUGCCCCAGGCGCGCGCCAGUGAUAGCGGGCGCUACCAGUGCUCGGGCACCAUGCGCAUCCCGGUGGAGAGCGCGCCCAUGUUCUCCGCCAAGGUGGCCGUGACCGUGCAAGAGCUGUUCCAGGCGCCGGUGCUGAGGGUGAUGGGCCGGGUGGAGGCUCGCGGCGCGGCCCUCGGCGGAGUGGUCUUGCGGUGCGAGACGCUCCUGCACCCUCAGAAGCGCGACACGCCGCUGCAGUUCGCCUUCUACAAGUACAGUCGCGCCGUGCGCCGCUUCGACUGGGGCGCCGAGUACACCGUCCCCGAGCCCGAGGUCGAGGAGCUGGAAUCGCACUGGUGCGAGGCUGCUACCGCCACCCGCAGCGUCCGGAAACGCAGCCCUUGGCUGCAGCUUCCGGGGCGGGGUUCUCCCCUGGACGUGGCGUCCACCACCGUCCCGGUCCCACAGGCCGCGGCUUUGGCGCCCGGUAACAAGCCGCUUUCCUUCAGAAAGCCCCCGCUGUCCAGAUCGGUCCCGUCGGUCACCUCCGUCCCUAACGCCCCCUCAGCCGGGCUGCUGUUCCCCGCGGGCGGAGGCCCCGCUGCUGGGCCACCGGCCUGCGCUCCGCUGACCCCCUUGGAACAAACCACUGGAGCCCUAAAACCCGACGUGGACCUUCUGCUCCGAGAAAUGCAGCUGCUCAAAGGCCUUCUCAGCCGGGUGGUCCUGGAAUUAAAGGAGCCACAGGCCUUCCCAGAGCCCAGGGACACACUCGAGACCCCCGCUUCCCACUUUGCUGUGAGUCAGGGAACCCCUGAGACCACUGCUGUGGAGAGCUGA